GUUAACAUUAUGUACAUGCUAUGUUAAGAUACUUUUGUAUUUUGGCAAAAUAUUCGCAUAGUUAUUUCUAUUUGGUUAAUUGCAUUUAAUGGCAGCCAAGGCCACAGUCAGUGAUAAGGACGAGGGGGGCCAGGAGCCAGAGAAGGCAGCCCCCAACGAUAAAAUCGAGCCGAGGGAUGCCAAGGAAGCAGAUGCAGAGUCCAGUGAGAGCCCGGCGAAAAGAGAUGCCGCCGCCGCGGCCGCCGCAGCCGCCGCCAGUGGGCGCAAACGUAAACGACAUUUGUAUAAUUCCAUUCGCAGCCAAAUGGAGUUUUAUUUUGGCGAUGCGAAUCUAACCAAGGAUCGCUUCCUGCGACGCUACGUGGACCAGGAUCCUUAUGUCCCCCUGGAGAUCUUUCUCACGUUCAACAAAAUGAAGCCCCUCGCCCAGGAUGUGCAGCAGAUAGCCAAGGCAUUGAACAACUCCCAGCUGCUGGAGCUGGAUGAGAGCGGCCUGAAGGUGCGCCGCAAGACCAAGCUGCCCGACCAGCGGGAUGUCAACGACAGGACGCUGUAUGUGGAGGCAUUGCCGGCAAAUGCCAGCCACGAUUGGCUGAAGGAGGUCUUCAGUCGCUAUGGCCCGGUGGCCUAUGUAUCGCUGCCCCACUAUCCGGGCACCAAGAAGAUCAAGGAGUUCGCCUUCAUCGAGUUCGAGCGCAGCACGUCCCUGGAGAAGGCGGUCAAAGCCUUUGCCCAGGUCCAGGGCGUUCUGUCCCUCGACACAGAUCCAGCCGUUUUGGCCAGCGUGCGCUCAUUCCAGCAACAGCAGCAGCAGCAGGCCAAAAAUGUUGAUGCAUCGCAGGAGGAUGCCACCAAGCGGGGUCGCAAGAGAGACGCCCCGUGCAGGGCCAAGGAGGAGGGCCAUCAUCAUGAUAUUAAGCGUAUAAAGCUGGAACAGCAGCCCAGCGAGACGUCCACGGCCGAAGAGACUGCCAGUGAAUCGGACCAGGAGGCAGCCUCAGCCGCGGAGGAGGAGGCGUCCUCGCAAGAUGAUCAAGCAGCUGGCGAGGGCGCUGGCGCAGGCGCGGGCGCGGGUGGGACUGAUGCUGAUGCCGACGAGGCAAAGAAGCGUCGCCGCAAGCGCAAGAAGAAGGCCAUCAUAGACAAGCCCAACAUUGAUCGCUCUGCCGUUGAGCUGAAGGUUCUGCCAAAGGCCAGCUGGUGCAGUCUGCGCAACAAAUAUCUCAAUCUGCAGCGUCGCCUGGUCGGCGAGGCCAAGGCGAAAUUGUGGCGCGAGUCGCAGCAGCAGCAGCAGCAGCAGCUGGAUCCCAAUCAGCCGCGCAAGCGUACACCCAUGCAGGCGGCGGGCAGCCAACAGCUGUCGGAGACCAAGACUAACAUCACAAACGCGAGCGUUGGCGGCGUCGUCGUGGGUGGGGAGGAGGGGGAGCCGCUAAGCGAUGUCGAUGAUGGCGGUGGGGCGACGGAGGCUAGCGUGCCCGUGCCGCCAAAGCGUCGCAAGGCAGUCCACAAAAUGAACAUGAAUUUCUAUGGUGCCGGUGGCGGGGAGACGGAGGACAGUCGCAGUGCCGUCAGCACCGAGGAUCCCUCCCAGGAGCGCACGCCGCUCUUUAAGUACGAGCCGGGACUGAUUGUCGAGUGCAUCCUGCAUGAGCCGUGCACCAAUAUCAAAGAGUUCAAGGCAGAUAUGCGCCAGUAUACGGAUAUCAAGUACGUGGACAUUAAGGAGGGCGAUCUGGCGGCCACGUUGCGCAUGGCCACGCCCACAGCCGCCGAGGAUCUGGUGCGCCAGCUGAGCUGUGCCGAGCGGCAGCUGAAGGUGCUCGAUGGCCAGGCGGAGACGCAGUACUGGCGCAAAAUUGAACAGGAUCGCGAGGCGAAGCUCACCAAAAAGGUGCGCGUACAGCAGAAACGUGGGCGCGAGAAGGUCUCUAAAAUGCUGGCCAAGCAUACAAAAUUCGAUGAUACCGAUGACGAUGUGGCUGCGCCUGUGCCUGUGCCUGUGGCCAGUUGCGAGCCAUCCUCUGGGGCGCCAACAGAGGCAUAGUUCCCUGCCAUAUAGCUUCGUUUGUCGCAAAGCAAUAAAUGUGGUUGGAUUUGUUGCUUA